UAUGUCGAAACGCCAGUUGUUGACCAUUUCGAGUUGCAACUGCAGCACUUUUUCGCAAAGAAAAUCGCAUUACUCGUUUAAAAAUCGACUAUUUUCCUCACGUUAUCUCGUAAUCUCGCGACUUUCGAUAAUACCACCGUUCGAUUUUAAAAGUCUUCGACCUGAAUGGCAUUUCAUUCCAGUCGCUGGUGCAUCUAGUCGACUGCUCGCGUGUGUGUGUGUGUGUCUGAGUGCAACCAACACAAAGAAAACACCAAAAGCCACAUUUCUACCACAGAAAAGAUGUUGCGAGUUGAAAGUAACACGAAACUUGAGGGAUUCACCGAGUUUGAGGAAGACAUCUUGUUCGACGAAGAUGAUCCCGAUUUUCAAGCCGUUCCUCUGAUGCUAGUUCGCAAAAAGAUGUCUUUGGCGAGCGUCCAUCCUGCUGGACUUCAUUCCAAUCAUAGUUCUUUGACGCACAGUUUGGACGAUCUGCGCGAGGGCCCCCAAGUGCUGACAAUCGAGGAAUUGCGUCUCCAGAUGACCACCUGUUUCACUUGUGGCGUGUCGUGGAGUGACAGUCAUGUGUCACUCGAUUGCUCCGAAUGCGGGGGCUACGCCCUCGAACGGCCGUGUCCCGAGUGCGAAGGGGGCUGCGGGGCUGUCUGGAAGAGGGAUCUCAGCAUGUCGCACGCGAGCAGUAAAGCCCGUUGGCAGGGAAAGUGCGAGAAAAACAAGAAAGAGACUAACUCAUGACGCCAUUUUACCAUUUAAUGGCCUUUUUCUAAUAUAAUUAAACAGGGUGGACUGAUUUAUUUAUUGGGGAAAUUCGAUUUGAAAGUCACCCCAAGUUUAGUUAUAUAUUUUUUUUCGACUGAAUCUUGGCGCAAAAUUUCAAACAUCACCUAGAAUUCAGCGGUUUAGGUGUGGUUUUGCUUGUUUUAUAUUAAAACUAAAUUUAUAAAGUUUAGGCAAAUUGUACUUGUAUGGAACGUUGAUAUUAUAGAUUUUAUUCAAAUAAAUUACAUUUCUUUUCCAAUGACUGAUGUAAUAAUUGUAAGGUCUUAAAUUAAUUAAAUAAACUUGCCUAGUAUUA